AUGGGGAGUGCGAGGGUGCCGGCCGGCGACGUGAACCUGGACCUGGGGCUCGUCCACCUGACGGCAGCGGCCGUGAGGCAUCCGCGGACGGCACCGCCGGUGGCCGCCAUGGACGAGGGUGACCGGACCUUCUCGUGCACCUACUGCCGACGCAAGUUCUACAGCUCGCAGGCGCUGGGCGGCCACCAGAACGCGCACAAGCUCGAGCGCAGCCUCGCCAAGCGCAGCCGCGAGCUCUCCGCCGCCUCCUCCUCCCCGCCCACCUCCGACUUGAUCAGUUGGUACUCGCCGCCGGGUGGAGUGGGUAGCGGCGCUCAAGCAGCAGGGUCCGCCGCCGCCGCCGCGGCCGUCGUCAGCUGGAUCGCCGACGGCGGGCGCCGCCGCUACGGGCACCGCGUGCACGCGGCCGGCGACGGCGACGACGGCAUCGACCUGUCGCUCAAGCUGUAA